AUGAGACUUGGUGAAAUUGAACAAGUUCUUGAACGCUACAAUAAUCACUUUGGUAGAAUUUCAUCCGAAUUUGAUUUAAUUAAUGAAUCUAUCACAACAUUCCAAAACCUAUUUAAUCAACGUCAUGCAAUCAUCCAAAGAAUCGAACAAGAUCAGCAAAGUGAAAUGAACCUAUCUGAAGAUUCUUCCAAUUCACACAAUUCCUCUAUUAAUUCUUAUUCUCCUAAUUCCUCUGCUAGUUCUUCAAGCCAGCGAUCAUUUUCAGGAAUUACUAUCUGGACUCUCUUUAAACAGAUCUUUGAUAGGGAUAUGGCUCAGAGAAGAUAUUCUUUUGACGAAAUGUGUUAUUCCGUAGCCAUGCGCAUUCGUGAACUUGGAGGAGAUAUUAGGCAAUCAACGAUCAAAAACUUUUAUAAUAGAAGUAGUAGUUGUAAAUCAAGUACCGUGGACCAAAUUGGUUCAUGGAUAGAUAGUAUGGAGUAG